CCCUUCCAGAAAGGGAUUUGUUAGUUGGACACUUGAAGUAUUUCAUUACAAUAGACAAUUCAGUACAUACAGAAGCAAUCGAAUCAAGAACAUACAUAAGAAUUCUCGAAUUUGUCAACACCUAUCAAGAUAGUGUAGUCUCCAGCUUCUGGUGGGGCUUUGAAGUAGAACACCAUCUUCGCUGUCUCCGCUCUCCACAAAGGACACUCUUUUCUCUUUUCCUCUUUCUAGGGUUUAUUUUGUCGAUCAAAAUUGAAAAGAAUCAGACGAACUUUUUAGCGUGCAUAGAUCAACCAGCAGAGAGAGGUGGAGCAAUUACUUGAAUCGGUGGCUUUCUUGAGGAAGGGCAAGUGUUAGACAGGUGGCGUGGCGUAAAACCAUUGGGGAACAGAUGCGGUGGAGAAAGCCGAUGACUUUCAAGAGUUUUAGCUGAAGCCGAAGACCUGAAGCCGGCUUUAUGAAAAGGAAAGGAGAAGCCAAAUCAUUACAAUUUACACCCUUGGUCCCUUGCCAUAACUCCACUCAUUUAUCUACCGUUAAAUACACAAAACACGUGGAGGGUAUUUUGGUCUUCUCAUUUCUACCCAAAUAGGCAAAUAUCGAGUUUCAUGGUGCCUUCUAUUUAUUAACGCGGUCUGCACUAUGUGGUGUAUUUAAUUAGCGAAAGUGCCCAACACACACUACGAUAACGAUUGUCAAUUUCUAAUAUGUCGAUCUCUACAUAUCUCACAACAACACUAGAAUCAAAACAAGAUGCAGACUACAACAAGAUCUGCGAGGAGCAUAAACACCUAAUAGAAGCAGUACCUAAAGGCAAUGGAUGGAGUGUGCAACACCUCUACAACUACAAUGGCUUCUGGUUACACCCCAACUCCAUCAAAAACAACUUGCUUCUUCACGCCUACUUCAAAUCUCAACCCACCGACAUCUUUUUAGCCUCCUUCAUGAAGGCCGGAACCACCUGGCUCAAAGCCCUCAUGUUCUCUACCAUUAACCGCCACCGCUACAGCUUCUCCGACCACCCUUUACACCACCAUGGCCCACACGCAAGUUUCCCUUACAUUGACAUAGAAACCUACCCUGCUAUUUCCGACUUCACCCACUUGCCUGCUCCCCGAAUGUUCGCAACCCAUUACCCUCGCACCCUCUUACCGCCGUGCAUUACCUCGUGCAAGAUCGUCUACGUCUGUAGGGACCCAAAAGACGUUUUAGUUUCAAAAUGGCAUUUCAUGAGCAAUCACAGAUCCAAAGAUCUACCUCCCUUAUCGUUGGAUGAAGCGUUUGAGCUUUUCUGUCAAGGGAUUUCGGACUACGGGCCAUUUUGGGAACAUGUUCUGUCAUACUGGAGAGCGAGCCUGGAAACUCCGGACAAGAUUCUGUUCUUGAAGUAUGAGGAAAUGAAGAAGCAGCCGGAGGUGGUGCUGAGGAAGUUGGCGGUGUUCAUGGGGAAGCCAUUCACGGCGGAGGAACUGGAGAAGAGUGUGGUGGAGAAAAUUGUUGAGCUGUGUAGCUUCGAAACUUUGAGCAAUCUUGAGGUGAACAAGAAAGGUGUUCAGAAGUUCGGUAAGUUUUUGGAGGUGGAGAAUCGGCAUUAUUUCAGGAAAGGAGAAAUUGGAGAUUGGAAAAAUCACUUGAGCGAGGAGAUGAAACAACGCAUCGAUGGAAUUACCAAUGAGAAGUUGAAAGGUUCCGGAUUGAUCCUUGGAGUAAACAGUACCUGAGUCGAUUAGUUAAAAAUUUUGGAUUUGUUCUUUCAUAUUGAAGUGAUAGAUGUUUUUUGUAAACAUUGGAAAGAAAUAUAUGUUGUUCCACA